AUGGAUACAACGGCAAGCGUCAUAGCCAUUGUGGAGUUGUCUGUGACAAUCACCUGGUCAUGUAUGCAGUAUGCCAGAGACGUCGCACGCGCGAGCGAAGAAAGCGCGGACCUUUGCAAGAAGAUCGGCAAUCUUCAAAUCGUGCUGGUCCGGCUCCAAACUCAAUCCAAAGCAGGCGAGCUUUUGGCCCAAAUACAGCCCGCUCUGAAUGCCUGCAACGAUGACCUUCUCAAACUGAAAAAAAAAGUUGGAACCACGACAGGGCUGGGCGGCGGCCGGCCGAUCGCUUAUCUGGCCCUUCAGGAAGCGAACUAUCUUCGAGCACUUGACCAUGUUCAAAGAGGCGAACAUGUGGAGAUCAUGAAAGAAGUUCGAAAUCCUUUGACUCCUGCACCUGUUCUGACGAUUCCCACCGUAGCAAAAGACUGGCUUAAGUGGCUGGGUGCCUCAGAUUUGGACACGCUAUUGGUUCAGAAUACGAACCUACUACAGCCUGGCACUGGCAACUGGUUCGCCAAAGGCGAUAUCUUCGAAAAUUGGUUAACUUGCGCCAUUCCAAUACACACAAAUUUGUGGCUUGCCGGUCAGGCUGGUGCCGGGAAAAGCGUUUUGAUGUCAGUUUCCAUGACUGCGGAAAAUAUCAAUCCCAGUAUCACGUCGACCAAAAAUUGCGUGGCUUAUUUCUUCUUCGACUUCCGUGAACCCGAGAAACAGCAAAGCCAAACAAUGUUGCGCUCAUUGCUACACCAAGCUGCUAUCCAAUGCCACCCAUUUCCUGAUUUCCUACGACAACUACCUGCUCGCUUCACCGCUAGUCACCUGGUCCCAAUAUCAGAGCUCGUCUCCUUACUGCUUCGCGUCCUGGAGUUAUUCGACACGAGUUUCAUCUUUGUAGAUGCUCUGGACGAAUGUGACAAUCGGGACGAGAUCUUCUCUGCGCUUGAGGAUCUGGUCGGCUGUCCUAACGCCGGUACCAUAGUCCGGCUCAUCUGCUCCAGCCGAGACGAGCUUGACAUCAGACGCCGAUUCGAUCCAUACAACUUCCAUCGCGAGGUCCUUUCGCCAACAGUUGUGGAUAAUGAUAUUGCAAUAUAUGUAAAAGGUCUGAUGGAAGAAGACCCAAGGGGACGGUACAAGAAAUUGCGGCAGGGCACCAAAGAUCGCAUCGUGGACGAUAUGAAAGCAAAAGCUGGAGGCAUGUUCCUCUGGGCACAGUGUCAGCUAGAGCAGCUUUCACGGUGCCGGACCGAUCGUGACAUCGAAGUCGCCUUGAGCCAACUUCCAUCCACUAUGGACGCAACUUACAAUAGGAUCUUCAGUAGCAUGGAUCCUUUCGAUCAUAAACGGGCUCUCCGGGCAUUGACCUGGCUGGCAGCGCCGUAUGGGUCCAUGACUCUGGGGAUGCUUGCCGAAUCACUCACCCUAGACCUUUACAGUUUUGAAAUCGAUGACAGCGAUCGAUUGGACGACGCAGAAGAUAUCCUGGACGUUUGCAGGAGCCUGGUCUCAAUCUCGGACAUUGAAAAUAGGCCGAUCCACUGGAAAAUAAUGCUGGCACACUUCACGGUUGAGCAACUCAUCCGAUGGGAUGUGUACCUACGAUUGGCAAAAGCCUGCAUGCUCUACGCGACGUCUCCCGCAUGGCGGAAGCUCGAGGAAUCAGAACAAGACUCUCAGCUAACGGACCGUGAAGCCGAGGACAUGCACUUUCUCGCCUAUACCUCCGUGUCCGUCUUUUGUUAUCUUCGAGAUCCAGGUGUUGAAAUGGCCUCCCUGCCUUUUUUGAUCAGAACUCUGCAGAACUCGCAGGCCUUUACUAAUUACAAAAAGAACUGUUCUGUGUUGGAGGCCUGGGAAAGUCUCGAAUCAGAGGACUUUCCCAUAAGGUACUCCCUUACAGACAUACCACUUCGAUCGGAUCUGACGAAACAGGAGAACCUCGACAUUCUGCUAGCAAUUAAUCACGGAUCAAGCAUUGUCUCGAAAGCUGUCGCAUAUGGUUUACUCGACUUUGCGUGGCGCUUGAUUGGUGCUGGAAUAGACUGUGAUACAUACGAUUCUAACAUGCAGACGCCUCUGGGAUUUCUAGUGUGGGCUGGCCCGGACAAACAUUUCCAGAGACUUUUGAACCUUGUCCGGUCGAAUAUUGAGGACACUGAAUCAAACAGUCAACUUGAUGCUCAAGUUAUUUGGAAAUCAAACACAAAUAUCUUGGGGACAGGACUGCCCACAGCAAUCAAAACAGACGCCCCCGACCGGUUUGACAAAAUCCUCGAAGCAAUCAAGCACUAUUUUUUAUAUGUUGGACAGAAAGAGACAAGCAGAGCACGAUUCCAGAAAAUCAUGACUUUGGCGUCGAUCUUUAGCGUCCAGGUCGCUAAUGAAGGCGCGUUCCAAAAAUUGCUGGAUGUUGUUCGUCAAGGCCAUGGAUUUGAGCACGACUCACGGAACUUGUUACUGCAAAAGCUGCUCUAUGCUUCGUGA